GUUCUGCUUCAUCAGUUCGAAUUUGUCUUCGAAUACGACUAUCGAGCGAUGCAUCUGAAAAGUUGUUGCAUGCUGUUUCUGCUGGCACUAGUUGCCUGUCAGGCUGCACCGUCUACGUCCAAGAACAUCGUGAAGAAAUCGAUCAGUGAAAAGACGAGUAAGAUCGAGAAAGAUGAUAUGAAGAUGGAAGAUCCUGGCAUGGAUAAGGACAGAACGAAGAAAUCCGCGACGACUUUCUGCGUGGAGGUCCGUGAUGGAACAGAACAGCAAGUUCCCUGCGCAGAAACGAAGCGGCCCCUGGUUUUGGUCCAGCCUGAACCUGCUAAGCAGAUGGUGAUACAUCAAGAAGCUCCGCAUUCCAUUGUAGAUUAUCCCAUUAAGUUUAUUAAUUCGCAAACCCUGUCGCAGACCUCGCAACCCGUCCAGAUAAUCCAUACGCAAUCACAACAGCCCCAAACCGUUCACGUCGCACCACUUGUUCAGCCAGUUCAAACGGUCCAGCCGCAUCUUCAGUCACUGCCUCAGCCAGCUCCUCAGCCAGCUACCCAGCCUGUAAUCUUUCUGCAACCGCCAGCGCAAUACAGUCUUCCUGCUGUACAAACUCCACCACCUCAACAAGCUCCGAUCGUCAAUAUCUUGACGCCUCCUGCCGCUCCCUGCAACGUUCUACCAACACCAACAGUUAUUCGGCAGGAAAGUAAAUACGAGCCAGCGAAAGAAGUCGAGCAUUUAAAGCCGUUACCUAAAUUAGAACCGGAGCCAGAACUGAGACCAAAGCCGAUCGCUAUGCCACAAACUGUGGAAUUUUUAUCAGUGGUAGAACCUGUUUCUUGUAAAAAAGAGUUGGUCGUUCUACCAUCCAAACCUAUAAUGGAAUAUCCUGAAAAACAAUUGACUCUGCAGGUGACCGAGUUAGAACACCAACCUCAUGUUCUAUCCGAUACACAGUGCAUCUGCGCUCACAAAGGGCAGCAGAACCCGUCUUGGCCUAGGCAUCAUCACAAGGUGCACGAACAUCACGUGAUGGUGCAUCCUACUGCAAAUAUCGCACCUGCGACUCCAUUGAUUGUACAACCCUCCUGCCCUUUGAGUUAUUUAUCAAGUAACCAUCCGACCGUCCUUGGAUAUCCGGGAACCGCAUACGGUGAUACGAUUAUAUCAGUCCAUCAAGAGAACGCACAUCCUUAUUAUCCUGAUGUGUCCCCUAGUUUAUAUCCCGUGACAUCUCACGAAUACAUAUCUUAUCCCGUGAAAACCUACGAGUCUCGCCCGUAUACAGCACCAAGUGUCACCGUAAAUGCAUUCACUGACCCGACGAGAGAUUUUCGCCAGGCACAAUCGAGCCAUUCACAAAAACUUAAGGAGAAUAAUAAAUCGGAAAGAGGAUAUCCAGUUACUCGCGCAAUAGCCAAUGUCCCUACGGGAACGAGCAAGCGAGAAGCUGAUUCGAUACAGCAGUUAGAGCAGCAAAACCAGCAAACAAAUGUCGUGCAAGAGCGAGUAGCGGAGUCAGGUAAAACACCCGUGGAGAUGAAAUUCGGCGGACAAGAAAGCACAACAAUGUGAAAAGAAGAGUUGGACAUGCUCUUCUGCAUCAACGAUGUAAAUACGCCAUAAUUUGUUACUUUCUAAUUUGUUAACACUAUCAACCCUUCGACACCUAUAAAUACUUCGACAUCUAAUUUAUUUAACUCAUUCAAUCAUCUAAUGAUUUUCUAAUCUUUUACAUGUCAUGCGUUGCGUAUAGAUAUCCUUGGUGUAAAAAUGCGGAAUAUUUU